UAUCUCAAAGUUCGAUUUUUUUUUAAAAAUACUGCGUCGUAGAAAAAUUUUUUAUUAUUUUUAAAAAAAAACGUAGUAACGACAAAUAUGUCACAGUGAACACGAGUUGUCAUUUAAAAAAAAACACAAAAAAAAACAGGAGGAAAUGUCUCCCUCUUGUGUCCGACAGACGGAGUUACAGCACGUGGACUUUCUUCCCAAUGUUAGAAAUAUUUAACAGCUCAACGAAUAAAAUAGUGUUUGGACCACGUGACGAGGCCUGUCCUGGUACUUCAGUCGACGUGUACUGUCAAAUAUUACUGCGUCGGGGAAACGUGUACUUCUAUCAGUUCAGGUAAAUGUAAACUUAAAAAAAAAUGGAAAAAAACAACCGCUUCAGUGACUAGCUCUCUGAUUGGCCUUUUCUCACAAAGGAGGCGGGACCUAUGCGGAGCGACCAAUGGGUAACGACGUCAUCACGAGGAAGUCAACAGAGUUGUUUUGAUCUGUCAAAAAAUUAGAGGCGACUUAUGACGUGAUUUUUUUUUUUUACCCCGCGUUUCCGCGUGACAAAAACCACAGACAGAACAGACAGUUACUUGACAGACAUUUUAUUUAUUUAUUUUAUUAAUUUAUUUAUUUACUCUUCACCGCGUUCGCUGUUUUUACCCUGCGGUUCGGCCGUUAGCUAAGCUAAGCUAAGCUAAGCUAAGCGAACCUAACUGACGUUUACCGACUCUUUUAACUUCUCUCGUUUCGCGGGUCUUAAAACGUCUCUGUCUGUGUCCGGUCACCGGACCGAAAGGCGGCGCCAGCCGCUGGCGUUUUAGCCCUCGAGUCAUGUGAUGGACACCGCGGACACGACGGCGGCCAUGAAGCCCAAAGACGAGGACCGGACCGCGGCGGAGGGCGGCGAGCCGAGUCCGGGAGGAGGAGGAGGCGGAGGCGGAGGCGCGGGCGGAGGCUCCGGCUCGGCGGGUCGCCAGGACCGGCAGAGCUACAGGAGUUCGGCCCACUUCCGGAGCCUCCUGGACGGCCUGCUGGCUCUCCGGGAGGGGGGCGUCCUGUUUGACGUGGUGCUGCUGGUGGAAGGUCGAGCCAUCCCCGCUCACCGCGUCCUCCUGGCGGCCUCUUGUGAUUACUUCAGGGGGAUGUUCGCCGGAGGCCUGCGGGAGAUGCAGCAGAAGGAGGUUCCCAUUCACGGAGUUUCGUACGUGGGCAUGAGGAAAAUCCUGGACUACAUCUACACCUCGGAGAUCCAGCUGGACCUGGACAGCGUCCACGAAGUCCUGAUCGCCGCCACCCUGGUCCAGCUGCAGAACGUGAUCGGCUUCUGCUGCGACUUCCUGUUCUCCUGGCUGGACGAGAGCAACAUCCUGGAGGUCCUCCGUCUGGCCGACCUCUACGGACUCCAGCAGCUGAAGGCCCAGAUCCACGUCUACCUUCUGAGGAACAUCAAGGCCCUGUCCCGCACGGAGGCGUACCGCCGGCUGCCACAGGAGGCGGUGUUCCGGGCGCUGAGCAGCGACGAGCUGGCGGUCCACACCGAGGACGAGGUCUACGAGGCCGCGCUCCGCUACCACUGCAGCCCCGAGGAGCUGGAGGACGAGGAGGUCUACGCGAAGGUCACCGCUCAGGACAAUCCCAAGAUGGCGGACGCCGUGCGUUUCAGCCUCAUAGAGAAACAGACGCUGCAGAGGCUCCUGGGACGCCUGGACCGGGGUCUCCUGAAGGACUCGGUGGCCGCCGCCCUGCGUUACCACGAGCAGGAGAUCUGGCAACCCGUCCUGCAGACGCCGCUGACGCAGCCCCGCUCCACCUUCCGCUGCGUCCUGGGCUUCGGCGGCAUGUUCUCCUCCAGCUCCCUGGUGGACAACGAGCACCUGUUCCAGGUCUUCCACCCCACCUGGGGGGAGUGGAGGACGCUCCCCGCCGCCGUCGCCCCCCGGAUGUCAAACCAGGGUAUCGCAGUGCUCAACAACUUCGUGUACCUGAUCGGAGGAGACCGCAACACCAGCGGGUUUCGAGCCGAGACCCGAUGCUGGAGGUACGACCCCCGUCACAACGCGUGGUGCCCGAUCUCGCCGCUGCAGCAGCAGCACGCCGACCACUGCGUGUGCGUGGCGGGCGGACACAUCUACGCCAUCGGGGGGCGGGACUACAGCAACGCCCUGGACACGGUGGAGCGCUACGACCCGCGCACCAACAAGUGGGAGUUCGCGGCGCCGCUGAAGAGAAAGGUCUACGCCCACGCGGGGGCAGUGUCGGGGGGCAAAAUCUACGUAACCUGCGGGCGCCGAGGCGACACGUACCUGAGGGAAACCUACUGCUUCGACCCGGCGGCCAAUCACUGGACGGCGUGCGCGGAGGGGCCGGUGGAGCGGGCGUGGCACGGCAUGGCCGCCGUCAACGGGUCCGUCUACGUGAUCGGAGGAAGCAACGAUCAGCAAGGCUAUCGGCGCGACGUCCUGAAGGUGGCGUGCUUGGACACCUCGAACAACUCCUGGUCUCUGGUCUCCCCUCUCCCCAGUGGACACGGAGAACCGGGCGUCGCCGUCCUGGACGGUCGCAUCUACGUCCUGGGUGGACGUUCGCACAACAAGGGCAACCGGAUGAAGUACGUCCACGUUUACGACAGCGGCGCCGACCAGUGGCGGAACGGCACCGACUUCAAGGAACGGGUCUCUGGGAUGGCGGCCUGUGUGGCGCUGGUGCCUCCUGCCGUGAUCGGCCAGGCCAGGAGCUGGGAGCAGCGCACCAAGGCAUCAUGGGAGGAGGAGGAGGACAUGGACAACUCCGAGGACUCCAGUGAGGACUGAGCGCCCCCUGGAGGACGUUUUUUGCUGUGGCUGCCCGACGUGUCCCUGUUUUGCGUGUUGAUGGUUUUUUUGGAGAUCGUCUGAACUUUUUAGACGGAUAUUUUUAUCACUGGAGUGGACUGGACUGGACUGAACUGGACUGGACUGGACUGGUGUGGUCUAGACU